UCUGUUUGUGCCUCUCUGCUGCGCUUUUCUCCUCAGUGAAGCUCUCAUGUGAAUGCUGCCUUCAGCUAGGUGAGCUCAGACUGUCAGCGGUGAGUGACUGAAGGCUGAUGAAGGCUGUUGUUGUUCCAGCUCUCUCCUCCUCCUCUUCCUCCUCCUCCUCUUCCUCCUCCGCAGCAUCAGCAUCAGCAGCAGCAGCAGCAGAAGGAUCGCAAGAUGGUAGCAGCGCACACUUCUUCGCAUUCGUCGGAAUCUGCCGAGUGGAUUAUUUGCCUGGAUAAAAGACCAGCGGAGCGCUCGGGGGAAGAUGUUGACAUAAUCUUGGCUCGUCUGAAAAAUGUGAAAGCCUUCGAGAGAUUCCACCCGAGUUUGCUGCAGCAGAUUUGUCUGUGUGGAUUCUAUGAGUGUCUGGAGAAAGGCAUCACCUUGUAUCGCCAAGGAGACAUUGGUACCAGCUGGUACGCCGUGCUCUCUGGUUCGCUGGAUGUUAAAGUGUCUGAGACAUCAAGUUAUCAGGAUGCUGUUACUAUAUGCUCACUGGGGACUGGCACGGCGUUUGGGGAGUCAAUCCUGGAUAACACCCCCCGACAUGCCACCAUCGUCACCCGGGAAUUCAGCGAGCUCCUUCGCAUUGAACAGAGGGAGUUCAGGUCUCUGUGGGAGAAAUAUCAUCACUGCAUGGCUGGACUACUCGCCCCACCCUAUGGUGUGAUGGAAAGCAAUGCUGACAGAAUGCCGGACAAAGAGAACAUAAGCAACAACUCGUUUGUUUCAGUCUCCAAACAUCAGAAUAAGGUUCCCUCUGAGAAGCUCCUUCGUGCAGGGAAGGUUCUCCGAAAUGCCAUCCUCUCCAGGGCACCGCACAUGAUCAGAGACAGAAAGUACCACCUGAAGACAUACAGGCAGUGCUGUGUGGGGACAGAACUAGUCGACUGGCAAAUGCAGCAGAGCUCCUGCGUCCACUCUCGGGUUCAGGCUGUGGGCAUGUGGCAGGUGCUGCUGGAAGAAGGUGUCCUCAACCACGUGGACCACGAGCUGAGCUUCCAGGACAAAUACCUUUUCUACCGAUUCCUGGACGAUGAGCGGGAAGACGCCCCUUUACCCAGCGAGGAGGAGAGGAAGGAGAGCCAAGAGGAGCUGCAGGACACUCUGCUCCUCCUCUCCCAGAUUGGACCUGAUGCCCACAUGAGGAUGAUUCUGAAGAAACAUCCAUCUGAGAGAACAGCAGAUGAUUUGGAGAUCAUUUAUGAAGAGCUGCUCCAUAUUAAGGCCUUAUCACACCUGUCCACCACUGUAAAGAGAGAACUGGCAGGAGUGUUGAUCUUUGAGUCGCAUGCAAAAGCAGGAACAGUGUUGUUCAAUCAAGGGGAGGAGGGCACUUCCUGGUACAUCAUUUUAAAGGGCUCAGUCAACGUUGUCAUCUAUGGAAAGGGUGUUGUUUGCACUCUCCAUGAAGGAGACGACUUCGGGAAGCUCGCUCUUGUCAACGACGCCCCCCGUGCCGCCUCCAUUGUCCUGCGAGAAGACAACUGUCACUUCCUGAGAGUAGACAAGGAGGACUUCAACAGGAUCCUGAGAGAUGUGGAGGCCAACACUGUGCGACUGAAGGAACACGGUCUGGACGUUCUGGUGUUGGAGAAAAGUCUCAGCAGUAGCCGAACCUCCAUCCAGGGAUCAUCAGCCUCCCAUUACAAAUACAAGGUAAUGUCUGGGACGCCGGAGAAGAUUUUGGAGCACCUCCUUGAAAUGAUGCGAUUGGAUUCUCAAUUCACAGAGUCAGAUUCAGCCUUGGAUGACUUUGUGCUCAUGCACUGUGUCUUCAUACCGAACAGUCAGCUUUGUCCAGUGCUGCUAGCCCACUACCAUGCUCAGGCCUCGCAGGGCUCUGACCAGGAGAAGCUGGACUACACACUGAACAACAAGCGCAGGGUGAUCCGCCUGGUGAUGCGUUGGGCUGCGGUACACGGAGAUCAGCUGCAGCAGGACGAGGUCUCAGUGGCCUUCCUAGAGGAGUUUUUCUUGGCAGUAUCUAAUGAUGCCAAAGUACUUCUAACCCUCAGGGAUCAACUUAUAGAGUUGGAGAGAACUGUAAAGCGCAAUGCUGAAGAUGCCAGGUCCUUACAGAAAAAGCACAAAAUCCUGCUGCGGCAGUUCAGUAUGGGAGAUGAGAAGCUUCAGAAACGGCAGCCAAUCAAGAGUAACGAUGAAAUUCUGUUCAAAGUCUACUGCUGCGACCACACCUACACCACCAUCCGGGUCUCUGUGGCCGCCUCGGUCAGGGAGGUCAUCGGCGCUGUGGCCGACAAACUGGGGUCAGCGGAGGACCUGCUCCUGGUCAACCUGAGCUCAGCAGGAGAGAAAACUGUCUUCAAGCCCAACGAUGUGUCAGUUUUCUCCACACUCAGCAUAAAUGGACGACUGUUUGCCUGCCGGAGGGACCAGCUGGAUUCCCUGACCCCUCUACCUGAGCAGGAGGGCCCCUCUACAGGGUCGCUGGCCACCUUUGAGCUGAUGAGCUCUAAGGAUGUGGCUUACCACAUGACUUCCUACGACUGGGAGCUUUUUCACUGUGUACAUGAGCUGGAACUUAUCUACCACACAUUCGGGAGGCAGUGCGUCAAGAAAACCACCGUGAACCUGGACCUGUUCCUGAGGAGGUUUAAUGAAAUUCAGUUUUGGGUGAUCACAGAGAUGUGUCUGUGCUCUCAGCUCAGCAAACGAGUGCAGCUCCUCAAGAAGUUCAUCAAGAUCGCCGCCCACUGUAAGGAGUACAGGAAUCUGAACGCCUUCUUCGCUGUCAUCAUGGGACUGAGUAACCCGGCUGUGAGCAGACUGACCCAGACCUGGGAGAAACUUCCAAGCAAAUUCAAGAAGUUUUACGUGGAGUUUGAAAACAUGAUGGACCCGUCCAGGAACCACCGGGCGUACCGGCUGACCGUGGCCAAGCUGGAACCUCCCAUCAUUCCCUUCAUGCCACUGCUGAUCAAAGACAUGACAUUCUCUCAUGAGGGCAACAAGACAUUUAUCGACAAUUUGGUCAAUUUUGAGAAAAUGCGGAUGAUAGCUAAUACAGUGAAGAUUGUGAGAUACUGUCGCAGCCAAACGUUCAGUCCGGACUCACCGCUGGCCAGCAAGAACCACCAAGACGUCUGGUCUUAUGUUCGUCAGCUCAGCGUCAUCGACAACCAAAGGACGCUAACUCAGCUCUCUCAUGAACUCGAGCCACGCAGGUCUUGAAAGCACUCAGGGACAAACAUGUUACAGUCGGACGCUGCUUCACAACGUGACGUUUGUUUGCGCUGAUACCAGUGCGAGCAAUCACAUGGAGGACCUAAUGAUGCAUCAGAUAAUGAGAUAUUGUUUCAGAAGCUGUUACUUGACUUGUUAAGCCUUUUAUUACUGUAAUUUGUGAUAUUUUAACAACAGUAAUUGUCGGCAGGUGAAGUACCUCUCAUAUCACUGUCACGCAGAUAUCAGAUCAUCUCCAACUCUGACAAUUAAAGAAAAUAAAGAUCUUCGGGGGGAUCUCAUUCAUCAGAUUAUUGUGUAACAUUGCAGACGUAAACACUAUGUGAUGCUUUAAUAACGCAAAGUUUCCUGAUAUUCAGUUGUUUCGUAUCUUUUGUAUCAAACAAUAUUUAUACAUAUUCAGCUUUGUGAGAUUCUUAUGUGUUGUAAAUUGUAUACAGAUAUUUAUUUUGACAUGAGCAUGCAGAGGAUUGUGAUUGUUUGACUUUUUAAUUCACGUGAGCACAGUUCUCUUUAAAUGCCUGAGAUAUCGUAAAUGUCUGAAAACCGUUUUUUGUCUGCUGUAAAUAUUAAAUAUUUUAGAUGUA